AUGUUUGAAGUCUUAUUCGCUCAGAUUGCGUAUAACCAGCGUCGAAACGAUGGAUUGUAUGUAGAAGCAGCAUGGAAUGUGUCGCAGAAUGAUACUGACAAGCCCAAUGUAGCUGCGACGAGCCGCGAGACCACCACCAAUAUCACCACCACCAGCCAACGCGACAAAUGGAAUCAAGCCAGCUUUUCAACUGCGCCUAUGAUGUUAGUGUUCGGCUUCAUGCAGUGGGAGGGCGACCUGGAUAUCACGGCACAAAUCGCUAUAGCAAUCUGUGGCUGUCUAGCCAUAUACACAGGCUGGACAGCCAUGCACGUAAAGUACAUGACCUGCCUCUGCGGAGCAGCUAUAUCGUGGAUAUGGAUGCGAAGUGCCAUAGCCGCAGCCUGCAUCCUGGCGGCGUUCGUCAUCGCGGUGCUCGUGGCAGCCCAUCCAUCGUCCAACGCCGAUCCUCACAAGCAGCGACAAAUCGUAACAGAGGAUACUUAUGCAGGUUCGUCUCACAGAAAAGCCGGUAGCCGCGGUGAUGUCUCAGAAUCGUUCGCACGACGGAUGCCUGCCGAGCGAGGCAUAUACAAGAUCGCCAGCGGACAAGGAUUUGUCGAUACCAAGCUCGCAAAGUGCGCAAUCGACCGGCAAGUGAAGACAUAG